CUUUUGAAAGGGGGGAGUGCGGCGCUGAUGCGGUGGCGGGAGUGAGUGAGUGAGGGCAGAGCCGCAGCCGACGAGUGACCGGACGGAUUUAUCAAACAAAAACACACACGUAUAGUUCAACAGAAUUUUAAAAAAAAAUCCCGAGCCCCGCGUCGAUUGGGAGCGUUAUAUGUGGCGGGGAGAGCGGCCCACGUCGAGCAGGCGAGGCCCGGGUGGCGCAGCCUGAGGCCGCGGCGCCGCGUUAGCGGGCAGGCCCACAUCAGGCGAGGUUUGGCCGGGGCAAGGUGAAGCGAGGCGCCAUGGCUACCACCAACUACAGCUGCCUCAACCGUGCUCAACUCACCUUCGAAUACCUGCACACUAACUCAACUACUCAUGAGUUUCUUUUUGGAGCUUUGGCUGAGCUGGUGGACAAUGCCAGAGAUGCAGGUGCUACAAGAGUGGACAUAUAUACUGUAAAGAAUGUGGAUUUUCGAGGAGCAUUCAUGUUAUGCUUUCUGGACGAUGGAACUGGAAUGGAUUACAAUGAGGCUGCCAGUGUGAUCCAGUUUGGAAAAUCUGCCAAAAGAACCCCAGAAUCCACGCAGAUCGGGCAGUAUGGGAAUGGACUCAAGUCUGGCUCAAUGCGAAUAGGCAGAGACUUCAUUUUAUUCACCAAAAAAGAGGAUACAAUGACCUGCGUUUUCCUUUCACGAACAUUUCAUGAGGAGGAAGGGAUUGAUGAGGUGAUAGUUCCACUUCCAACAUGGAAUUCCAAAACGAGGGAGCCCAUGACUGACAAUCCUGAGAAAUUUGCCAUCGAAACAGAACUCAUCUACAAAUAUUCGCCAUUCAAGUCCAAGUCAGAGGUCAUGGAGCAGUUUGAGAAAAUCAAAGAAAAUAAUGGUACUUUGGUGAUUGUUUAUAACCUUAAACUGAUGGAUAAUGGUGAGCCAGAGCUGGAUGCCAUCUCUGAUCCUACUGACAUUCUGAUGGCAGGUCCACCACUUGAGGGCGUCAAACCAGAGCGGCGCUCCUUCAGAGCAUACACAGCUGUUCUAUACAUUGACCCUAGAAUGAGAAUCUUUAUCCAGGGUCACAAGGUCCGGACAAAACGACUGUCUUGCUGCCUGUUUAAACCAAGAAUGUACAAGUAUACAUCGAAUCGGUUCAGGACCCGUGCUGAACAAGAGGUGAAGAAAGCUGAGCACUUGAUGAAAAUAGCUGAGGAGAAGUCACGGGAAGCAGAGAGUAAAGCACGUGCCCUGGUAUUGAAGCUGAGUGGUGAUUUGAGCAGGGAAUCAAGGGUUCAUCUGAGACAAGUGCAGGAUGCUGCAUUCAAUCUCAGCAGAGAAGCUGAUGUGAAGAAGCGAAUACAUGAAGCCAAACUUCGAGCUUUGAAGGAACCAAAGGAGAUGUGUUUUAUUUUCGGUGUUAAUAUUGAGUAUCGCGUCCAGGAUGGAAUGUUUAUUUAUAACUGCAGUCGUCUCAUAAAGAUGUAUGAGAAAGUGGGGCCACAGCUGGAAGGAGGAGUUGCGUGUGGUGGAGUUGUGGGUGUAGUGGACGUCCCAUACCUGGUUCUGGAGCCCACCCACAACAAGCAGGACUUUGCAGAUGCCAAGGAGUAUCGCCAUCUACUGAGAGCCAUGGGAGAACACCUGGUGCAGUACUGGAAAGAUAUCGGCAUAGCACAGAAGGGGAUAGUGAAAUUCUGGGAUGAAUUUGGCUAUCUGUCAGCCAACUGGAACCACUCGCCUUCUGAUGAGACAUUGUACAAGAGGCGGCGUGCCAUGGAGAUUCCGACCACCAUUCAGUGCGAUCACUGUUUAAAAUGGCGGACCCUUCCCUACCGAGUGGAUGAUGUUGGUAAGGCAUAUCCAGACAGUUGGAUGUGUUCCAUGAGCCCUGACCAUAUCCAGAAUCGAUGUGAUGCUCCAGAGCAAAAGCAAAAUGUACCAAUAGGGACACUGCGAAAAGAUGUGAAGUCGCACGAAGAUAAAAUACGAGUGCAGCAAAAGAAGCUGGAAGCAUUGAAGAAAAACAUGCCUAUCCGUUCUAAUGCUGAUUUAAAGAAACUUCCACUUGAUGUUAGCUGCAAUCCCACGCUGGAGGCACGGGCUUCUGUAAGUAGUCAGCGUGCACGAUCACCGCCGUUGGCUGACAUCAUCAAAAAUGCCCCGAGCCACCCACCUGGAUUGAGGUCCCACGCGCUACAACGCAAGUCUUCCACCUCCAGAUUCGCAAGCAAGGCUGCAGACACUCACGCCAACGUUACCGUUAAGAAAGCAGUAACCAACGCGGGAAGAUCCCAGCAGCGGCUGUCAGCCUCUGCAAAACAAAACGCUGUGUCUCCCAGGAUCGGAGCGCAGCCAUCCACCUCUGUGAGGAAUGCCACCCCUGUCUCUGUGAACACAAAGAGCCAACAGGUGAAAGGAACAAAGGCCUUGGGACACAAAAGGGAGACGCCGAGUAGGACGGUGCAGUCUGCCGGAACGAGGAAGAGGAAUACGAUCAUAGAAAGUAGUGAGGAGGACGAGGAAGAUGACGACGAGGAUGAUGAGGAAGAAGAAAAAGAACAGGAAGAAAGGAAAUCUAAGAUAAUCCCCACCGUUUCCGAAUCAAAGCGCUUGAAAAAAGACACAGCUGAUGUGGUGGAGUGUGUUAUAUUACAGAUUUCGGACAGUGGAGGGGAGGUGGAUGAAGAGGAGCAGGUCAGCACCAUGAAAGACCGAGGACUUCUGGUAGAAAUGAAGGUGAAUAAGGAGUGGCACACGGGUCGGGUCACUGCUGUUGCAGCCAGCAAACAGUCAGUGCGGUGGAAGGUCAAGUUUGAUUAUGUCCCAACGGCAACUACUCCGAGAGACCGAUGGGUUGAGAAGGGAAGUAUGGAUGUGAGACUAAUGAAGCCACCGUCUCCUGAAUACCAGACACCUGACACACUGGGUGGUGAGGAAGACAUAUCUGCGGAAACAGGAUCAACUUCAGACAGUACCAGGAUGGAGCCAGACACUACACAGCCAACAACCAGCAAAGAGACUGUGGAAUCACUUGUGCUCAGCUUCAGAAAUACUUUGCGGUAUUUUCUGCCACCAAAUUACAGGAUAAAUAAGGAGGAAUUGAGCUCAAUGACGCCAGAAGAACUUGCUUCAUUCCCUCUGAAAGAUUACUUUGAGCAGUAUGAAGAGGGGCUGAAGAACCUGUGCACUGCUUACCAGACCCGUGCUGAAGAGCGUGUCCGAACCACAGAGAAAAAGUUGCAACAGAACGAUGCAGAGCUGACAGAUGCACAGGAAAAGCUCUGCAAACUGAGGAACAACAUAGUGGAGCUGCUGCGGAAAGUUCAAGAGGAUAUUGAAAUUAGCACAGACGACGAGCUCGAUGCCUACAUCGAGGAACUAAUUACAAAAGUGGACUGAAUACCCCAACCCUCUUCUCCCACACAUACACCUGUUACAAAGUGUAUUGGAAAGGUCUCUAGUACACUGCUGCAAUGUGGACGAAAUGUAAGCAGUGUUUUAGAAAAAUGUUACUUCAUUUUGAGGUUUUAGCUUUAAAGUUUUACACCUUGUUUAAUGGGCCUGUAAUUUUGUAUUAUAUUUAUUAAAAAUACAAUUGUACCAUUUGUUCCUUGUGUACAUACAUCUACCAUUUUACUUUUUCAUUAUUUAAAUUAUGAACACCCACCUGCAAUUGUCCCAGUGUUGACAUUCCAACUUUAGAAGUGCUGAUGUUUUGACAUGGUUCCAUUUACAGCAGCAUAUUUGUCUUAGGUGAAUGACUGGCUGACAGACUUGCUGCUGCAAAUCACAUCAUUUAGGUAGACUUUUGCAUUUAGCAGGUAAAUAAUUUUGCUUGAAGUGCCCAUGAUUAUAAGCUCAAUGAACCUGCAUUUUUCUACCUUAUAUAAGCAGUAGUUUAAAUUCAGUAGGGUGCUGAUCAAAGUAUAACUUUCAAUGUUAUUAUCUGGAGCAUGACUCAUGCUUCCUGGAUUACAGUUUGAGAUGUCUUGACAAACAAGUGUACAGUAUAAGAUGAAUGUUUUAGUUUCAAAGAUUAGUCAAUUCUGUUAAACGUAUCCCAAAGCAAUAGCUAGUGUAGGAACUGGCUUCAAGUCCUUAAAUUAUCCUUGAGAUCACAACUGAUGAAUUCCCACAUGGUCAAUCAAGGUACAAGUUGAAGCAUAUGCUGGAAUGAAUGGAGAAAGAUUCACUGCAAAUCUGAUAACACUUGCUGCUAACAAGAUAGAAUUCAGCAAUUUGCAUUUGGAGAAAUUAACCAUUUUACAGGAAUGAAAGCAAAAAAAGAUAAUGGUGUCAAAAAUUGAUUUUCAGAACAAUUUUCAAAGGAUGAUGGGGGAAAACAAAAGGCAGGUUUGUUAAUUCUAUUGUACUCGUAUCCCAAACAGCUAGUGUAGGAACUUGUUCCACUCUUUACCCGAGAAGGUGGGGGUCAUUUCACCCACAGCUCAUUAUCAAGUUGCCAGUUCAGCCUUGAACAAUACAGCAAGUCUGAAAAGAUUUACCAUCCUGUGCAAAGAUGAAAGUCCCAAAUUUUAAAUAAUAUUGCAAAUAGAUUAAAUAUAGUGGAUUUAAUAAAGAUUUGCCACAUAUUCAUUGAGAUUCAAAAAAGUUUGUUUGCAAGAAUAUCAGGAAUAAAUUCACAAAAGUUGUAAAAUAUUCACAGGUCAGAGAUAUUUCAUUGAAUAUAUCUCCCUCUUUCAGUUUACAUGAUGGAAUAUAAUUCUUAAACUUGAAUCAUAACUAAUAAAAUUUGUAAGUAUC